AUGCCACCUUACGCUUCUACUACUCGUCGGGGAAUUCACGUUGUCCACGCCGACCAUGAUGUGCGCCGCAUGUCCAGUGAAUGUUGGGCACAACCAAUACUCAAGCAACCCCUGUAUUUCAUCGAUGAACGCUUUGUCCGAUUCCAAGACAAUGUGAUUGUCCAUGAGUACCACCCUCAAGAACACCACCAGCAAGAACAAAGUCAAGAACAGACCAAUACCACAAAGUGGUACUCGACCAAAGAACUUGUAAGGUUUCAUCAAGAAGCCAACAAGGAAGGUCGUCACUCUCAAAGAAGAUCUCGCCCACUCCCAAGAGGUUUGGAGCGUCAUACCACUCAAGGAUUGCAACGCUGCCUCAAGAAUCGCCUCUGUGCCAUGGCCCUCGUGUUGGCAACUCAAUACACAGCCGCUCAACAGCAACAGGAUCGACAUUCAUCCGAGAUUAUGAUUGCCAAGGCAUACCACGACAUUACAAGACAUUGUCAAUUGGAAGCCACGGAGACGGGAUUGCGAGAUUAUUUGGAAACCUUGGAGAACAGCAGAGAGGAGGAAGUCGACCUGCAAUGUCAGUACUCUUCAGGAGCUUGUCUCAGCAUGCCCCAUUGGCUUUCGGCACUACUAAACAAGAGAGCCUUUCAGCACCAAGAAAAGCGCAUGUUACUUCUAUGA